CCUCUUCGACAGCCACCCAAAAUGUUGUCCACUUGAUACAGACCUCCCAUUCUUUCAUCUCUACAUGGGUUGCUCUCUUUUUGUUUUAAUUUUGCCUCUUUUUAUUGUUUCUUUUGUCCUUUACUGUUACUGAUAUGAUGAAGGUCAAGUCUUCUGAAGAAAUCAACAUUUUGCAGAAGGAUUUGGCUGAAUUGCAGACUAGAGAUAUGUCUUUCGAAAAUUAUAAUCACAGUUCUGCCGUACUCAGGACUAGGCUGGAUAGGCUUCUAAGGGAAAGAGAAGUCAGGAGGUCCAAUAGGUCUCUCUAUGUGAAUGAGGAAGGAAAAGAUUAUAGAGGGGAUAAUGGUACUGUUGAAGACGGGCAAAAUUUAGUUGGUGGCGAGUGGCUUGAUGUUGAACAGCUAUUGGACGGAAUUGCAUUGCCAAAAGUUCUUACUGACUCUAGACAAUAUAUGCAAAAUGGAAGGCCUCCUAUACAACGGUUGUUGGUUGUUGCUAACCGGCUACCUGUAUCUGCAAACAGAAGGGGCGAAGACUCAUGGGCCUUAGAAGUAAGUGUAGGGGGGCUAGUCAGUGCACUUCUAGGCAUCAAUGAAUUCGAAACCAGAUGGAUUGGAUGGGCUGGUGUAAACGUACCCGAUGAAAUUGGACAGAAAUCACUUACUCUUGCUCUAGCUGAGAAGAGGUGCAUCCCAGUUUUCCUUGAUGAAGAGAUUGUUCAUCAAUACUAUAAUGGCUACUGUAACAACAUCUUGUGGCCUCUUUUCCAUUAUCUUGGACUGCCACAAGAAGAUCGCCUUGCCACAACCCGUAGUUUUCAGUCCCAGUUUGAUGCAUAUAGGAGAGCCAACCAAAUGUUUGCAGAUGUGGUCAACGAGCAUUAUGAGGAUGGUGAUGUUGUCUGGUGCCAUGAUUACCAUCUAAUGUUUCUUCCCCAAUGCCUUAAGGAGCACAACAUCAACAUGAAAGUUGGUUGGUUUCUGCACACACCUUUUCCUUCCUCUGAAAUUCACAGGACCUUGCCAUCUAGGUCAGAGUUACUGAAAUCUGUACUUGCUGCUGAUCUAGUGGGCUUUCACACUUAUGACUACGCGAGGCAUUUUGUAAGUGCUUGUACUCGUAUUCUUGGGCUUGAGGGCACACCUGAUGGAGUGGAGGAUCAUGGGAAGCUUACACGUGUGGCUGCGUUUCCUAUUGGGAUAGAUUCUGAUCGGUUUAUUCGAGCUCUUGAACUCCCUCAAGUGAGGAAUGAUAUUCAGCAACUGAAAGAAAGAUUUGCUGGUCGCAAGGUAAUGCUGGGAGUUGAUCGUCUUGAUAUGAUUAAGGGCAUUCCUCAGAAGAUUUUGGCAUUUGAAAAAUUUCUGGAAGAAAAUCCAAAUUGGCGUGACAAAGUUGUUUUAAUUCAAAUUGCAGUUCCAACAAGAACAGAUGUUCCUGAAUAUCAAAAGCUCACAUGCCAAGUUCAUGAAAUUGUUGGUCGCAUUAAUGGAAGAUUUGGAACUCUUACAGCUGUUCCAAUUCAUCAUUUGGAUAGAUCCCUCGACUUUCAUGCAUUGUGUGCACUCUAUGCUGUAACUGACGUAGCACUUGUUACAUCCCUCAGAGAUGGAAUGAACCUUGUCAGCUAUGAGUAUGUUGCGUGCCAGGCAUCAAAGAAAGGAGUUUUAAUUUUAAGUGAGUUUGCAGGUGCAGCACAGUCUCUUGGUGCUGGAGCAAUUUUAGUGAACCCGUGGAACAUUACUGAAGUUGCCGCUUCAAUUGGUUAUGCAUUAAACAUGCCAGCUGAUGAGAGGGAGAAACGGCACCACCACAACUUCAUGCAUGUUACCACUCAUACAUCCCAAGAGUGGGCCGAAACCUUUGUGAGUGAACUCAAUGAUACCGUGGUUGAAGCUCAGCUGAGAACAAAACAAAUUCCACCACCAAUUCAAAGUAUUAAAGUACUUGAAAGUUUUUCCCAGUCAAAUAACCGAUUACUUAUACUGGGGUUUAAUGCAACACUUACUGAAACAGUAGAUGCUAAUGGUAGAAGGAUUGACCAGUUCACAGAAAUGCAGCUUAAAUUGCACCCUGAUCUAAAAGAUCCAUUGAAGAAGCUAUGUGAUGACCCAAGGACUACGAUUGUGGUCCUUAGUGGAAGUGACAGGAGUCUCUUAGAUGAGAACUUCGGGGAAUUCAAUAUGUGGUUGGCAGCAGAGCAUGGCAUGUUCUUACGUUCUACGCAGGGAGAAUGGAUGACAACAAUGCCAGAAAAUCUGCACAUGGACUGGGUUGACAGUGUGAAGCAUGUUUUCGAGUAUUUCACUGAGAGGACACCCCGUUCUCACUUCGAGCUCCGUGAGACUUCACUCGUUUGGAAUUACAAGUACGCAGAUGUUGAGUUUGGAAGGCUUCAAUCAAAGGAUAUGUUGCAGCAUCUUUGGACAGGUCCAAUCUCAAAUGCUUCUGUUGAAGUUGUUCAAGGUGGCCGUUCUGUGGAGGUCCGUGCAGUUGGGGUGACUAAGGGGGCUGCAAUCGAUCGAAUAUUGGGAGAAAUAGUUCAUCACAAAGAUGUGAACUCACCUAUCGACUAUGUUUUGUGUAUCGGCCACUUUCUGCCAAAGGACGAGGACAUCUAUACUUUUUUCGAGCCAGAGCUCCCUGCUCCAUCACCAAGUAUAUCAAGAGUGAAUUCACCCAGUCCUGUCAAUGGAUUGGUUCCACAUCCAUCUGCAAACAAGGGAGGAUCAAAUAUAUCCUGUAGCAGCUUAAAGCAUCCAUUUUCAGCCCCUGACAAGAAACCAUGCAGUAAUGGAAACGGGAAUGGAACUGGUUGGUGGUCUGCAUUGCGUGAGAAAAUAACAGUGCACGAGGGUUCAUCUGUCCUCGAUCUUAAGAGUGAGAACUAUUUCUCUUUUACGGUUGGAAGAAAGCGCUCAAGUGCCAGAUAUCUUCUUAAUUCUUCAGCAGAUGUUGCAUCUCUGCUUGAUGAACUUGCAGAAUCACUGCAGAGCUAAGGAUGGAUUCCAUGCAAGAGUUGGUCUCCUAUCCUACAAGAGCUGAAGCUCUACCCCCGAAUCUCUCCGAAAAAUAAUGGACAUCUGCUGAACUUUGUCUUGCGCGAAGGAGUGAAAAAAUAAAUGCAGAUUUCGUCACUCAGCUUUUUUUAUUUGGUAAUUUAUUAUACUUUUUAGCUGCAUUUUCUUUCACCUGAGAGAGUUUCAUCCAAGUCACUUGGGUUUGAAAUAAACGAUUAAAAAUUUUUAGCUGUCCGUCUUUA